UUGUCCAGAGAAGAAGAGCCGAGAAGAGAGAAGCUGAGAGCCGCUGAGCUCGCCUCGUUACGCCCUGUUUCUUUACACAUAGCAUCGUCCAAGAGUUUUAAAAUACUUAGAUUUUGAUACAUUACGCGAGGUAGUAUCAACCGUCCAAAUGGAUCCAUUUACCGAGAAACUGUUGGAACGGACACGGGCUCGCAGGGAAAACCUGCAGAAGAAAAUGGCAGAGAGACCAAAUGCAGCAAACAGACAGAUGGUCAAAAGACCCAGAGAGCCACUGGCUGAAACCAACAGUGUCAUCACUGAAUCUGUCAUUGAUAAAGUUCCACAGGUGUCCUCCAAGCCUUCCCCCUCAAAGCGCCGGUGCUCAGAGGAAAAUGCCCAGCCUGCUGCCAACGAGGAAAACCAGGAGCCGAUAAUGACACGAGCUGGGGCUCCUGUUCGCUCAGAUCCUCCUACAGACAAGAAACCCCCGGUGGACCCUGCCAGCAUUCGACUUUCCUCCUCGGAGAAGAAUUCAACCCGACCCAUUGUAAAGUCUCAGCCAGGACAGCUGGAAACUGCACAACCAGAGGCAGAAAGGAUGGCUGUCAGCCAUGCUCCUGAUCCUCCAAAAAGCAGAGAAGCACAAAUGGAACCUGCAAGUUCAGCCCCACAAAGGAGCAAGGAGGAUCUGGUUGAAGAUCCAGCUCCAUCUGCUACUGGCAUGAGGUCACGCCUACAGAGGCUAGCAGAACAGAGAAAGUGUUGGGAUGGCGAUGACACUUCUGAUGCAGUUGAAGACUCCACUCCUCUGUCCCUGAUGAGGAGGGAAGGUGAUGCCCCACCAGUAGCUGCACCCGCUGUCUCCUCAGGAACUCCACUAGGGAGGAAAGGCAGGCUGGCCAACCUGGCUGCCACUAUUGGAUCCUGGGAAGAUGACCUAAGCCAUGCUAGCAUCCCCAAAGAGAAGCCUGCUACUGCCUCUGCUCCCAAAUUUGCAGUCAGAGACAUGCCUGUGGUUGCCAGUACUAAGCAGAGUACUGUAGUGACCACUUCAACUGCAAACAGUAAAUCCUCAUCCAGCUCUAAUCAGCAGACUGUGUGUUCUCCAAUAAAGUCAAGCCGGGUGGUUCUCCCAAGCCCUCAGAAGGCUGAUAUUCCAGCAUCCAAACCCACACUUCAGUCAGUAAUCAGUCCUCAGAAGAGCUCCACCCAGGGGAUGACCUUCCCCUCCAGUCCUCAGAAGAGCUCCGUCCAAGGAAAAGCCUGUCCAUCCAUCACGCAGAAGACAGGCCCCUCCUCCUCAGCAUCAGUGCCUCAAAGCCCCAUUAGGAAUCAGGUUGUGUCUAGAGGUCUCAACCUCACCUCUAGCCCCCAAAAGCCAGAGCUUCGUGCUAAGCCAACAAUUGCUGGUUCCCUGCCCCCCCAGGAUAAGGCCACUCCUGGAGGUCCUGGUGUUAAAUCUUUCCUGGAGCGUUUUGGAGAGAAAUGUCAGGAGCGUAACAACCAGGGCUCCCCGUCCGGAGUCACAGCCCACUCUAAGACUCCUAUUGUAACCCCAUCAGUCACACCAAACACCAGACUGGUGCAGGAGAGACUCAGAGCUGCCCAGGCUGCUAACACAGCUACCGCUGAUCUCACGCAGAGACAGAAACUGGAGCGUGAGUCUGAGCUGGCUCAGAUUCGCAGUCGCUUCCAGAAGGGGAACAAUAUGUGGAAAAACAAAGACGAGGAGGCAAAGACCAAGACGAACACAGACAAUAAGGAUAAAUUUGAGAAGCCUGUGGAGUGUGAAGUUGCCUCAUCCGAGCCACAAGAUGAACCCACUGGACCAUCCAGUGAGAGAGCAGGCACACCCACCAAGUGCACUCUUUCAGCAGGUCGUGGGUUGAUGGUCUCACCUCCAGCCUCAACAUCCAGCCCCCUGAAGGUGGUCACCCAGACUGCAGAGACUGAUGAAACCCCAGAGGAAGAAGAAAAGGAGGUGGAAAAGGAGAUAGAGAUGAAUGUGGACCAGUCCAUCAACUCCGCAGUCAUCAACGAGCUCUUUGAUGGAGUCCUGGAGCAGAGUGAAGAUGAGGAUGAUGAAGAUGAGGAGGAAGAUGCUUUGAAUAUCUCCUCCAUGUCCCUCCUCACUCCUCUGGCAGAGACUGUGGCUGCUGUGGUGAAAAGUCCAGAGAGGAGAAUGAUGACAUCAACUCCAGCCAGCUCAUUCAUUGUGAAGAACAACACUGCAGACAAUGUUUCUAAACCUAGCAAGUUCCAGAGGACCAACAUGAUACGGACCGCCUCCUCAGAUAGUGUCGAGGCUUUAGACGAGGACCACAAACUGCCUUAUAGUAUCGAUGCAUACAGGUCAACCAGGGUGAAGGAGACUGAGAGGCCCAGUGUGAAGCAGGUUAUUGUAAGAAAAGAGGACGUCUCUCACAGAGCAGAGGAGCCACGAGGAUCCAGUCUCUUCAGUAUCAAACAGAGGAUGAAGAUCCUGACAAAUGAGAUGAACCUACAGCAGACAGUUAUCCAUCAGGCUAGUCAGGCACUCAACUGCUGCACAGAUGAAGAGCACGGCAAAGGAUCCCAGGUGGAGGCUGAAGCCGAGAGGCUGCUGCUGGUGGCAACUGAAAGGAGGGAAGCGUUGAAAGCAGAAUUAGACCGUCUGAAAGGAGACCCAGCAGGACAAAAGAAGACCUCUGCAGCCCCCGAACCUACCAGCAUGUCGGCCUCCAAGGGCUCCAUCUCCCUACAGGAGUUACGCUUGCCUCUCAAGGCAGACUUUGUUUGCUCCACUGCCAACAAACCAGAGUCAACCAAACAUUCCUUCUUCAUAAUGAUUCGUGCUGGAGCAGAGAACACUGUGGCCACUCCAUUAGCCAGCACACACCGCGGCCUCAGUGGAGACACACUCACCUUCCCCACCAAGUUCACUAUAUCCGACGUCUCAAGUGACUUUGGAAUUGAUAUAGAAGUCUACUGUUUGGUUCAGAAACGUGAGGUCUGCGGUGACAAGAAGAAGAAACCCAACAAGUCAAAGGCUAUCACACCAAAGAGAUUCCUUGCCAUCACUAAAAGUGCACAGACACCAGUAGUGGCCAGUCCAGGAGGUCCCAAUGCUGUCCGCACCAGUAACUUUGUCCUGGUUGGGUCACACAAGCUCACUCUGUCUUCUAUUGGGAAAAACAAAUUCCCUUUGGAAAAGAUCAAAUAUGAAGGAAGUGAAAGAGAACUUCAUAGUGGCAUGUUUCAUGACAAGGUUCCAUUCUUGUGCCCUCUAGAGGGCCACAUCUACCUCAAGAUGCAGUGUGAAGUGGGCUCAAAGGUGGAAGAGAAAGGCUUCCUGACAAUGUUUGAAGACGUUAGUGGAUUUGGAGCUUGGCACAGAAGAUGGUGUGUGCUGUCAGGAUACUGCAUCUCCUACUGGACCUACCCAGAUGAUGAGAAGAGAAAGAAUCCCAUUGGUCGCAUCAACCUGGCGAACUGUACCAGCAAGAUGGUGGAACCAGCCAACAGAGAGUUUUGUGCCAGACCGAACACAUUUGAGCUGAUCACAGUCAGACCACAAAGAGAGGACGACAAGGAAACACUAGUCAGUCAGUGCAAGAACACCAUGUGUGUCACCAAAAACUGGCUGAGUGCUGACACUAAGGAUGAGAGGAAUUUGUGGAUGAAGAAACUGAACCAGAUUCUGGUGGAUCUGCGAAUGUGGCAGCCAGACGCCUGUUACAGGCCCCUGUAAUCACUGCACUCUGUCGCAGCCAGCCUUUCUAUCUCUUGGACUGUCAAUAUCAGUGAUACAUGCAAUUACUAAGUGCAAUACAGUAUGACAAUUGUUAGAUGUUUUUACUUGUGGGUAUUUGACAGGAGGAGAAUAAUUAAACCCAUAAUUUAUAGACCAGAGGAGGUAAAUAAAGCCAUACAUUUGGGACAUUUCAGUACAGUGUUUUAAGUAGGAAUUGGGCAAUAUAUUUUCUACAUUUCUAGCCUGAUUUGUUAUGCUAAUGUUUUUGGAUAUUGUUGAGAUGCCAUCUUUUUAUUUUAAUGCCAGUAUUUAGUGUGCUUGACACAUGACGCAUGGCUUUAAAUAACUUGGUUUCAGUGCUGAAAUCAAUAUUUUAGUGGUUUUGAAACUGCAGAUACUAAGUUGAAGCACCACAGUUUUAUCCUAUUCUAUUCUGCAUGACAGCACUGGACAGUACUGAUACAUUUGGUCAGUUUAUACUUUAUAUAUAUUAGCUUGUAGAACUUGUGGCAGGACUUUAAAUUCUUCAAUGCUAUCCACAGAUUUUUGAUACCAUUUAUACGGCAGGUCUUUUUCUCUUUGCAAUGUUUCUGUAAAUGCUUCAGAGUGGAGAGUUUUGGGUGAAAUCUGUAACAUAUUCUCUACUAAAGUCUGACCAGCACUAUUCUGGAAUCAAUACUGAUUUCUGAGUGAUUAUAUGAUAAGUACAUACUGGUCAUUAGUCAUUGUUUACGUUCUUUUACCAUAAAUGCAUAACAUGAACACUCUAUGUCUGAUGUAAAAAUGUGGCUCAUCCACACAAAGGAAGCAGUUUUAUUCUUGCAUCGUAUCGACUUUUGCAGUGUGUGUAGUACUGAUGAGCUUUGCCUGCCUAGUGGCUCGAAGCUUUGAAAAGAAAAUGUUGGGCUCACGUAUCGUGCUUAUUAAGUUUUUUUAAAGAUUUAUUUUUAUCUGCGUGUUGAGCAGUGAUAUAUAUGGUGUUGCAGCAGAUGAAAAUUCUAGACCACAUAUGUGGCUUUUAAUGUGUUUCUCUUGUGUUGUGUACAGUGUGUAACAGACUUUACUGCAGGUGUUGGUAAAUGUUUUCAUUCAUGUCUGCAUAAAAGAUGGUGCCUUUUCAUCCUGCUGAUAAUGAACACAACACAAAGAAUGAUAGAAGAUGUCUUUUUUUUCCAGAACAAUAAGCAGAGAAUAUAUGCGUUUUCAUGAGAUACUUGAACACACUUUUCAGUUUGUCAGGUAUCUGUGGAUAUGUGGAGAUGAGAAUAAAUGUCUGCUUUGACCAAAAUGGCCGAGGCUACAAAUGCAUA